ACCUGAAAGUCCCUUCCAUCAAGCAUGGCGGCCGGCCGCUCUUCCGGAAGCCGUCGCCGUCGGGGGUCUCAGGAGCACCGUCCGCUCCCCACUCUCUAGUAAUUCACAACAGCUGUCCAUGGUGCCUGUGUCGGUCCCCGGAACCUCCGCUUCCCGUCAGGCUCGGGCUGCCGGCUGGAAGGGGAAGCCGUUGAGAGGCAGCGGGCGCUGUUUGGGGAUCGACGCUCUGGGCCGCUUCCGGCACGCCUCGAUGGCCACGCGGGCGGCGCUCUAGGCAGACGGCCGCGCGCUCUCAUGGGCCGCCGGGGAUGCUCGAUGAUCUGUUAAUCCGCCGGGGGCGGGGCCGGGAAAGUCUCGCGAGAGCCUGGAGGGGGCGGGAGCGUGGUCCCGCGGCGGACGGAGCCCGAGAUGGAGCCGGAGAGUCUGGAGUCGAGGAUCAACAGAGCUACCAACCCCCUCAACAAGGAACUGGACUGGGACAGCAUUGAUGCCUUCUGUGAGCAGCUGAACAAGGAGCUGGAAGGGCCACCACUGGCCACCCGGCUAUUAGCCCACAAAAUCCAGUCUCCGCAAGAAUGGGAAGCCACCCAGGCCCUGACGGUCCUAGAGACGUGCAUGAAGAGCUGCGGCAAGCGGUUCCAUGACGAGGUGGGCAAGUUCCGCUUCCUCAACGAGCUCAUCAAGGUGGUGUCACCCAAGUACCUGGGCACCCGCACCCCGGACAAGGUGAAAGACAAGAUUCUGGAGCUGCUUUACAGCUGGACCCUGGGGCUGCCACAGGAGGUGAAGAUUGCCGAGGCCUACCAGAUGCUCAAGAAGCAAGGAAUUGUGAAGAUUGAUCCCAAGCUUCCUGAUGACACCCCCUUUUCAGCACCCCCCACGCGACCCAAGAAUGGGAUCUUUGAAGAUGAGGAGAAGUCCAAGAUGCUGGCCCGGCUACUGAAGAGCUCCCACCCCGAGGACCUGCGAGCAGCCAACAAACUCAUCAAGGAAAUGGUCCAGGAGGAUCAGAAGCGGAUGGAGAAGAUCUCAAAGCGGGUCAGCGCCAUAGAAGAGGUGAACAACAACGUGAGACUGCUGACCGAGAUGGUGACAAGCUACAGCCAGGGGGAGACCUCGGCCGGCAGUGACGAGCUCAUGAAAGAGUUGUACCAGCGCUGUGAGCGGAUGAGGCCCAUGCUGUUCCGGCUGGCCAGUGACACUGAGGACAAUGACGAGGCCUUGGCUGAGAUCCUGCAGGCCAAUGACAACCUCACCCAGGUGAUCAGCCUAUACCAGCAGCUGGUGAAGGGGGAAGAGGUCAAUGGGGACACGGCCUCUGGCCCCCUUCCAGGUAGCACCUCUGCUCUCCUGGACCUCUCCGGACUGGACAUGCCUCCAGCAGGCUCAGCCGGCCCAGCCCUCCCCAGCCUUGCAAGUGGCUCGGCCCAGCCAGAGCAGCCCACCUCGCUGUCUCUGCUCGACGAUGAGCUCAUGUCCUUAGGCCUCAAUGAUCCUACACCCCCCACAGCUCCAGGCCUGGACAGUGGAGGAUGGAAUAGCUUCCAGUCGUCAGACAGCUCCGAGCCCUCCGGUAUGGCUCCUAAGACUGAAAAUCAGCCCCUGCCCCCGAUGCCUCCCUCAUCCUCCAGCGGGCUCGAUGACCUGGACCUCUUGGGGAAGACGCUGCUGCAGCAAUCCCUACCCCCAGCAUCCCAGCAAGUGCGGUGGGAGAAGCAGCAGCCAGCCCCUCGGCUCACCCUGCGGGACCUCCAAAACAAGAACAGCUCCAGCACCCCAACACUGCUCCCCAGUAGCUCCUGCGACCCUCCUGCACCUCCCCGGCCCCCGGAGCUAGCGCAUGAGAUCUCACUGGCCAACAUCACUGUGCCCCUGGAGUCCAUCCGACCUAGCAGCAUCCUGCCCGUAACUGUCUAUGACCAGCAUGGCUUCCGCAUCCUCUUCCACUUUGCCCGGGACCCUCUGCCCAGCCGGCCUGACGUUCUGGUUGUGGUGGUUUCUAUGCUGAGCACGGCCCCAAAGCCUCUCCGGAAUAUUGUCUUUCAGGCUGCUGUCCCCAAGGUGAUGAAAGUGAAGCUGCAGCCCCCCUCAGGCACCGAGCUGCCCGCCUUCAACCCCAUCGUCCACCCAACAGCCAUCACACAAGUCCUGCUGCUUGCCAAUCCUCAGAAGGAGAAAGUCCGCCUCCGGUACAAGCUCACUUUCACCAUGGGGGACCAGACCUACAACGAGAUGGGAGCCGUGGACCAGUUCCCCCCACCCGAGUCUUGGGGAAGCCUCUAGAAGCAGGCCAGGGAAGGGAAGGGCGCCGGAGGCUCCAAGGGGGCCGACGAGGAUUCCCAUCCCGCAGAGUGGGCAGGGGCCCCCAGCCCAGGCCCUUCUCCCUCCUCAGGGCCUCCUCUGUGCCUAUUCCCACCCUCUCCUGGUUAGGACUUCACUUGGAACGCUGUGCUCCCCGGAGGACAGGAUGGGGGCCAGCUGCCCCCUCUGCAGCCAUACACACUGGGGUCUGGUGCUUCUCUCCCUGGUGUUCCUCCAUUCACUAGCUCUUCCCCCCCCCCCCCCCCCCCCCCCCCCCCCCCCCCCCCCCCCGCUUCCUCCCUCACUGAGCUAAACCCAGAAGGAGAGAUUGAGGCCAGGGCCCCCUCCCCCCAACACAGCAGCCUCAUCUCUUACCAAUCCAUCCCUUGGCCAGGGACAUUCUGCUUUGAUGUGUCGAGAUGUGAGAGGACGGGGUAGGGAGAGGGAGUGUCUGUCCCUUCUGGGCUCUGGGAAGGAUUUGGGUGUCCCUGACCCAGUGGGGCCCCGGGGCCCUCAGCACCACUGUAGCAGUCCCGGAAAGGGGCCGGGCUGAGGCACCACAGGAUGACCCUGGAAUUGGGUGGGGCUGGAGCCCUGCCCUCUUAUGCCUUAUGGGAAGGACUAGCCAUAACCCAGGGGUGGCCUUACCGGAGUGGGGAUUGUUCUACGGACCCAGAGCCUCCCCUUCUCCCUUCCCCCUUGGGGGAUGCGGGGGCUAGCACUCCCUACAGGAACUGGGUUGAAUUUGGGGUAUUCACCUCCAAUUGUUUGCACUUCUCUGGUAUGGGGUUUGAUUUUCUUUCCUUUCAUUUGAGUCCAUCUCUGUCCACAGUCUGGGUGGAGAGUAUGGCUGGGGAUGGGAACCCCCUGAAACUUGCCUUCCUUCCUCCAUGCCCCAUUUGUCUCCCUUGCUGCAGCAUCACUGAGAGGAGGUGCGUGGUGGGAGGGGGCGGUCUAGGCCAAGGUUCCCAGAAGGGAUGGGAAGGAAUGGCUGAGCCCAGAUCAUGCCUUGGUAGAAGGAUGGUGAUUCUCCCCUGCUGGGCUUCUCCACAUCUCUCUUCUGUCGUGGGCCUGCAGGAUUGCUGCCCAGGGCCCACCCACGUGUGGCUCUCAUCACCACCUGUGGUCUGAGGGACAUUGUACUGCAUUGAAUGUGGUGUAUUUAUGGGAUAUAAUAAAGAGUUCUUUCCUGGA